CGGAGGAUAGAAAAAAAAGGAAAGGUUGAAGAAAAGAAAUAAAAAAACACCGGCUGUGUGUGCCAUGUGCUCGCAACGUGUGUCGUGCACUCAGUGACCGGGCAAGGGGAAUGCUGCUCCUCAAGAGUCCAUCUGGAGAAAUACAGAACACAUGAUAUCAGUUUGGUCCAACUCCGUUCCACCUGUACUCGGGAAAGAGCAGCACCCUAUGGUAUGAAAGUUUGGCAGCCUGAUCAGGUCUUGUUUUGUGGCACAGUGAGACACCGUGAGCAUUUCGAGAUGGGCAGAGAAAUACACGCUGCAUGCACAAUUAACCAUAGAGCAAUUACAACUGGGCAUGAACUGAGCAAGUAGUGGGUCUCAACAGUUGAUAGCCUUGUCUCCUAAUUGGCAUCAUUUUCUACCUCUUCACCGCUGUCAACCAUCCAGAGCCGACGUAUGAUCAAAGUGCGUCUUGGAUGCACGGAGUAAUCCCAAGCAUAGAGCCAGGAAGCAGUACCCCAAGCCAGCACAGGUGACUGCACUUGUGUGUUCUUCUACACUUGAUAACCCAUGCAAGUUUGGCCGGCCUGCCGCUGUCCUGGUGUACGGUUCCAACUUGGGUAACGCAAGCCAAUGAAUUGCAUAACGAGGGAAUUAUACGACGCACGAUGCGCCCCGCGUGUGGGUGGAUGGACCCCGAGGUCGAGUCUGGUACCUUGGCCGUAGAUAGUGACAAGACACCGCUGGCAUAGCCCAAUUAUUGAGGAUACCAGCCGGAUUUAUAAUCUGUGGGACAUCGUCUGAUGCGUAUAUUAUUUUUUUCGUUUUUGGCGCCAACGGUCAGUGAGCUUUAAUGUGAAGUCUUUUCAGGAUUUCCCGAAAAGUCAAGAAGUGGCUUCCAUCACCUAAAGUGAAGGGGAAAUAGUAUGCGGCCUUACUUUGGACAGGAUGUGCGCUUUGAAGACGGGAAGGCGAUCAUGGCAUACAUGGCUUGUUGGAUUCAUUAUUCUACCUUACAUAUGUCUACUCUGUGCUGCAAUAAGAACAACAGUAGCUCCUCACAAUGCCUCUACCUAUUCAGAUUUGGUUACGGGUAAACCUCAACUUCUUGUAGAUGGAAAUAGUAGCUCAUUGAAGCCAAACGCUUCAAUCCACUCUAAAUCCACAGUUCCAAAACAGUCCAGCACUUUAUCAAACAGAACUGAAAAGCCCUCUCUACCAGAUAGAACUUCCCAAGUAAAAAGAUUUGUUAAGAAAGACGAAGGCUUCAUUGAGGAACCAACGACACCGCAAUGGCACCUUGAGAAAGAUGUACAAACAAGAACCCCAAAUUUUAGUACACCAGUGCCAAAGAAUGUUAAAGAGGAUGCAGAUGGUGGGAAAACUGUGGAUUCACAAUUGUCCAGUGAAGACACCAACUCGUUUCUCCCUGUGCCGACAGAGGCCUCGGGUACAAAUGAGACGCAAGAUCCUGCUCCAGAGAGAAAAGAAGCAAUUUUCCAAACCGCAACCAGCUUCCCAAUUCAUUUACCUGUCCAAGCACCGGAGUUUAAAAAAGCAGACCGCUCAUCAUCGAACAGUUCUGCAGCAACCGAAUCUCAGGAUGUACAUGUAAAUAAUACCUUAAAAUAUGUAAAAAUCAUGGGCACACUUGCCUCCAGCGGGGACGAUGCUGACUUUGUACCGUCAAGGGAUGAAUUCGGGGAAACAUCUACCCAUCGUUCGCCACCCCCGCUCACGACAAGUUUCACGCAGUUGACUGUGACUGAGGACUUUACAGAGCUUCUGGCGAUUGCUCAACAGGCGUGGGCCCAACUACCUGCAGAGGUCAUGGAUACUGAGUUGGGCGAAUUUUUAAAAAUGUACAGUACCUUUCCUUAUAUAGAACUGGAGUCUGGACCAGUUAGAAUAUGGCGUCUGAAAGGACCCCCAGGCCCACCUGGACCCCCUGGCAGCCCCGGUUUAAGGGGUCCUCCAGGACAGAGGGGCCCAAGAGGACCACCUGGAGAAAAAGGAGAACAGGGCGUUCUGGGGUCACAGGGUAGCGCAGGACAACGGGGACCAAGAGGUUUACAGGGGGAAACUGGGAAACAUGGAAAUACGGGAUUUGCAGGACCAAUUGGAGAAAAGGGAAUGAGAGGUCGAUCUGGAAAACAUGGCUUUAACCCUGGACAAGGAUCAAAGGGGGAUCCUGGUUUGCCCGGGGAAAGAGGAGAGGCCGGCCCACCAGGGGACAAGGGUGACACAGGUGGUAUAGGCCCCCCUGGACCUCGAGGAAGUAUUGGGGAGACAGGACGAGAGGGCCCACAGGGAACAAGAGGUUUUGAGGGACCAAGAGGGCCUCUUGGUAAACCUGGGCCUGCUGGAUCUCCUGGACCUCAGGGUGACAAAGGUUUAUCAGGCUCGGUUGGAUUACCAGGGGAUGAGGGGUCAAAGGGUCCUGAUGGCGAACCUGGUCGUCAAGGCAGGCGUGGUUUUCCGGGCUUCCAAGGAACUCGCGGCAAUCCGGGCCAGCCUGGAACUGACGGGACACCGGGAACGAACGGCAGGCCUGGGAGACAGGGAGCACUUGGUGAGAUGGGAUCAGCAGGGCCCCCAGGUCCCAAAGGCGAGCCGGGCCCAGAAGGAUUCAUAGGCUCGCCAGGAGACCCUGGACCCCCUGGGCCAAAAGGUGAAAAGGGUAGUCGUGGCAACAGAGGCAUGCAGGGUUACCAGGGUGAUCCAGGACCAAAGGGAGAUCCGGGGGAGCCUGGCUUGAGGGGAGACUCUGGCGACAGUGGACCAAAGGGUGUAAUCGGUGAUAAAGGACCACAUGGAGUUCAAGGAGAUAUUGGACCAAGGGGUGCUAUUGGUGAGCAAGGCGUUCCUGGUCAUGCAGGCACUAACGGAUUGAAGGGACCAACUGGGCGAGCUGGUGCGCCUGGCGAGCUGGGUCCCAAAGGUGCAAUGGGUGAUCAGGGUCCCCCUGGACUGCCUGGAAGAAUAGGAAAAGCUGGAAGACCCGGAAAAGCUGGUAGAGAUGGAAGAAAUGGGAAACUGGGUCCACAGGGUCCUGCAGGCAGCAUGGGACUACCUGGCCUCCCAGGUGAGAGGGGUAUUACCGGGCCGCCUGGUUCGAAGGGCCCAUUAGGUCCACAGGGAGUUCAGGGAGAUGCAGGUGAAACGGGCAAUCCAGGCAUCCAUGGAGUCAAAGGAGCUGCAGGUUUUGCUGGUUUACAAGGGCCACCUGGACCACCUGGACCAUCAGGUUUAUCGGGACCUGUAGGUCCAUCUGGCAGGCAAGGGGAGCCUGGUCCCCCAGGCCGACCGGGUCAUCCUGGAGUCCAAGGACUGAUCGGCCCUCAUGGAUCUCAGGGCCCAGAUGGACGUCCUGGUGAGCCAGGGAAAACGGGAGAACAAGGCCCUCCAGGUCAGGAUGGAGGAAAUGGCAAUCAGGGGCCUCAAGGUGAACGAGGCCCAAAGGGUGUCCAGGGGUUGUCUGGUGAGGAUGGGCAGCCUGGGCCUCAGGGACCAAAAGGACCCAUGGGUCUGAUAGGAACAGACGGCGUACGAGGACCAAUAGGUCCUUCAGGCCUUCUAGGACUUGUCGGAGCUUUGGGACUCAAGGGUGUUAAGGGAGACAUGGGCUUAGUUGGUGAAGAAGGAGAUAUCGGCAGGGCUGGAGAAGAGGGUUCGUCUGGCUCCAGGGGUCACGAAGGACAAAGUGGUUACAAAGGAGCCAAGGGUGAGCCUGGCCAAUCUGGUCCACCAGGGGAGAGAGGGGACGUUGGCUUGCAGGGUGUCCAAGGUCCGUCUGGUCAACGAGGGCCCAAAGGUGCAGCUGGUGGCCCAGGCAACCCAGGCAAGCGGGGCUCCCAGGGUAUCAAAGGAGCUAAUGGAGCAAAGGGUGAUGCCGGUGUGCGAGGUUUCGAGGGAGCCAACGGAGCUAGAGGCCCCAGUGGCGUGCAGGGCGUCUCAGGAUCACCAGGGGACAGGGGUGAUAAGGGCACACAGGGAUCAUCUGGCGUGACGGGUCCAGAUGGAGAGGUUGGCCCAGUGGGUCCGACAGGUGCUCAGGGGCCCAUGGGGAUCCAGGGACCCAAAGGACAUCCUGGCAGGCAGGGUUUUGCAGGAGAAAAGGGCAGUGCAGGCCGUGAUGGCGAUCCUGGCACAGUAGGACCUCAGGGACCCCCUGGAGACAAAGGAGAAGAGGGGGAAACAGGCCAAGAGGGAGACAUUGGGGCCUCAGGUCUGAUGGGAGCUUACGGAAAACAGGGUGAUCUGGGUCAUGAAGGGUCACAAGGUAUGCCAGGCAGUCAGGGAUCACCAGGCACUCCUGGAUCAGAUGGUCUGCCAGGAUCAGACGGAAAAUCAGGACUGGACGGUGAAUCGGGUUCGACAGGACCAGCAGGGACUCCAGGAAAGGAGGGAAGAGAGGGCCAGGAGGGGCUAAUUGGCACAUCAGGACUGACUGGAACUCCAGGGUUAACGGGCGAUAUGGGAGAUGAAGGCAAUUCUGGACCACUAGGUGAACAAGGGCCUAAGGGCAUUCAGGGUCCAGUUGGCUUACCAGGUUUGCAAGGAAACAGAGGAGCCCCUGGGGACAAGGGUCCACGCGGCAUUGUUGGUCAGGGUGGUCUGUCAGGCCCAUCAGGCAUGCUGGGACUGGUCGGACCCCGUGGACCUGCUGGAGCACCAGGCUUCCCAGGCAGUAAGGGACUUCAUGGUGACCGAGGACUGCAAGGUUUAUCUGGCUACAAAGGAAGCAAAGGUAUCCGUGGAGAUCUAGCUAGCAUUGGUCCCAUCGGACCCAUGGGAUUCCAAGGAGAUGAGGGCAUUCCAGGCAUCAGAGGUCCGGAGGGCUUUCUAGGAAUGGCUGGCUUGCUGGGAGACUUUGGAGACAGGGGAAGUAAAGGUGAUUCAGGACCAAAAGGACCACAGGGAGAAUCUGGCCCACCGGGACCACCAGGUUUACCGAAAAUGUUUCCAGUAAACGAUGCCGAGAGCAUCCACACUCUUAUACAUCACUUCUUCAGCAUUCCAAGGAAAAAAGAAGUAGGGGAUCUAGACGUUUUCUACAUGAUGAAAUACUUAGUCAAGUACAUUGAUGAUAUCAAACAUCCCCUGGGUACUAAAGACAUGCCGUGCAGGACAUGUAGGGACCUCAUAGGCUGCCAUGAAGAUAUCAGCGAAGGUCUGUUCUGGAUUGAUCCAGACAUGGGUUGCUCCUCCGAUGCCUUCGAGGUGCACUGUGAGUACACAGAGCUAGGAGCUAAGUCUUGCCUCAUCCCUCCAGAUUCAUCAAUGCUGGAGUACGGCCUGACCCUACCCCAGCUCAAGUUCCUGCACCUCCUGAGCUCUGAGGCUAGUCAGGAGAUCACCAUCCACUGUUUCAACGUCUCCGUUUGGGAAUCCCCAAGCAAUGACCUGGCCAACAGUAUCAGCUUUGUGGGUUGGAACGGUGUGGUCUUCCAGCGUGGUGGGGAGCACGAACCCAUCGUCAUCAAGGAUGGAUGCAAGAAUCCAGAGAUGCGGUGGAAGCGAUCCAUCUUCGGCUUCAGAACCCAAAACAUGCAACUGCUGCCGAUCGUGGAGGUUAUUGUCAAUCCACAAGUCCACAGAACGGAGAUCGGUGUGACGGACUACAAAAUUGAUGCAGGUAAUCUCUGUUUCGACUAAAAAGUUAAGUUUUUUUUAGGUUUCUUACGAGUUUUUUUUUAUUCUGUUUUUGGUUUUGAGUAAUUAAGGUACUUUUGUAUAGUUCACAAAAAUGAUCUUUUGGUAAUGAAAUUCAUAGAGUUGUAUCAGCUUCAUCCCAGUUGCUCGAAACUACUGGGUCGUUCAGUUGGGACGCAGAUGCAUUCAUCUACACGAUGCAUGCUGAAAUACUGACUUGAAAAGAUCGAUUUGAAUUUGGCAUGACAAGCGGACGCAAACCUGAAUUGGGACGUUGGUAAAUUUGGCAUUAAAUUUACUUCCUGUUUUUGCUUUUGUGUGAAAUGUGAAGAAAUCCUUAACCCAUCUCUCCCAAAUUUCCAGCAAUUAUGUGGUGAACAUCAUUUUGCCAUUUUGUAUUAUUCUUGUGCAACAUUUCAAACCAUUAGAGAUCAGUGUAGUAUCUCGGUGAAAAAUACACUGCUGAGUAUAACUACUUGUCAGCUUUCUGGAUCAAAACAAAAACAUCCGUUUUAUGCUUCAGUACCGUAUUGUGUGAUUUUGUUAUUACCUUUUUGUUUUAACGAUGUACUAUUUUUUUGUUAUAUGUCAACUUAACUUUCGUUCUCGUUUUAAAAUGCUUCAUCCUUGCACAACGGUGAGAGCAAAUAUGUAUUGUAACGAUGUGUGCUAACAAAUUUACAAACCAGACUAUCGCAUGCGAAUAAGGAGAAAAAUGUUCAGUUUUGGCAUAUGAUUAUCCAAAUGCUAAUAGACUGAUUGCACUAACCCGCCAUCUUUGAUGUGUGUUUUGUUAUGUUAACAAUGAAUUCACAAGAGUUCUGUCCACGUGAACAAAAGCACACACCCCCAAGAUGUCUGCUAUGCAAUCGAUCUGUUCAUAUAGUUUUUGCUUUUAAUGGGAACUUGCUGAAAUUGCGCCUUAAAUCUCUAUCAAAAUCAUAAAAAAUUUUAUAAUUAAAAACGCUAAAGCAGAUUGAACAUUUAUCCAAAACAAAAACUAGCAGAGCGUGAAUAAGGCAGCAGGCAAGUGCGUUUUUGAUAUUAUGUGAGUGGAUGGGCCUUAUUCACGAGUCGGCCAUAUUGAAUUAAAAGUUGGGUAAAAUCUUAAUUUUUGGAACUUGCGAAGAGAAAUGAAAGCUACUUCAUUUUUUAUAAAUUCCAGUCUGC